CAUACACACAUCCGUAUUCGUAUACUCACACAACAAGAACUCUCUUUCUUUCUCACUCACACACACACACACACACUCUAACGCAAUGGUUUCUACAACAGUGGUACACAGACGCAGAACUCAAGCUCCAAAGCCUCUCUCCUCCGAAACUCCACUGACGAGCACCACCUCCAGAUCAAAGCGAGAUUACACUGACACCUGCUGCGAGAGAUGCGGGUCCGGCGACUUCGCCGACGAGCUUCUGUUGUGCGACAAAUGUGACCGAGGGUUUCAUCUAUUCUGCAUCAGACCCAUCCUCGUUUCCGUCCCCAAAGGCUCUUGGUUCUGCUCCUCUUGCUCCAACCACCACAAACUCAAAAAUUUUCCUAUGGUUCAAACCAAAAUCGUCGAUUUCUUUCGCAUUCAAAGGUCUUCGGAAUCAAUCCAGAAGCUUAGUCAAGAUAAUCGAAAGAGGCGAAAGCGAACAAGUAGCUUAUUGGUGUCAAAGAAGAGGAGGAAGUUGUUACCUUUCAAUCCAAGUGAGGAUCCUACAAGAAGAUUAGAACAAAUGGCAUCAUUGGCCACGGCAUUGAUGGCAACCCAGGCAGAGUUCAGUAAUGAGCUCACGUUCAGGCCGGGCAUGGCCCCGAGGUCAGCAAAUUGUGCAGCACUGGAGCAUGGUGGAAUGCAGGUUUUACCAAAAGAAGAUGCAGAAACCUUAAAUUUGUGCAAGAACAUGAUGGAGAGAGGAGAAUGGCCACCGCUUAUGGUUGUAUUUGACCCUCUAGAAGGCUUCACUGUAGAGGCAGAUAGAUUCAUAAAGGACUUAACAAUAAUCACAGAAUAUGUUGGAGAUGUUGAUUACUUGAAGAAUCGUGAAAAUGAUGAUGGAGACAGCAUGAUGACACUCAUUUCUGCCGCUAAUCCUUCAAAAAGCCUUGUCAUUUGCCCUGACAAGCGUAGUAACAUUGCUCGUUUCAUUAAUGGCAUCAAUAAUCACACACUGGACGGGAAGAAGAAGCAGAACUUAAAAUGUGUGAGAUUUGACGUCGAUGGGGAGUGUCGAGUUUUGCUGAUUGCAAAUAGAGAUAUACCAAAGGGAGAGAGAUUGUAUUAUGAUUACAAUGGAUAUGAACAUGAAUACCCAACUGAGCAUUUUGUCUAACCUUAAUGUCUCUGAUCCCUCCAAAACUGAGGUCAAGUUAUUGGAAACACUAAGUGCUAACUUUAUACACACUUUCUAAUCCAUUAUCUGAAGUUUACUUUAGC